AACACAAACAAUUAAAACCAGUUCUCUGAUUCCUCAUCCUCCUUUUCCUAAAACUUUGGAGAUGCGAUAUAUAUAAUACCAUAAAUAUGAUGAAGGUGUCCGUACUAGUAAUGGUGGUCACGACAUUGGUUUUGGUGCAGGCAGUGGUGUUGCGAGCUCAUGUGAAUGUCGGCCAAAUUCGGCAAUUGGCUGCUCGGAACAAUGUGUCUUGCGUUUUGGUUUUUGGAGAUUCGAGUGUCGAUCCUGGCAAUAACAAUGUCCUUCAAACCACAAUGAAGGGCAAUUUCCCUCCUUAUGGGAAGGACUUCUUUGGUCGUCGACCUACUGGAAGGUUCAGUGAUGGACGACUCGCCACUGACUUCAUUGCGGAUACAAUUGGGUACCACAAGAUAAUUCCAGGAUUCCUUGAUCCGCAUCUGAAGGUAGCAAACAUGGUGCAUGGUGUUAGUUUCGCCUCAGCUGCUUCCGGUUACGACGAUUAUACCGCCAAUAUUUCGAACGUGUUACCUCUUUCGGCACAGCUGAAAUACUUUAUGCACUACAAGGUGAAAGUGAGGAGACUUUUGGGUGAGAAAAGAGCAGACGACAUCAUAAGAAACGCUAUAUUUGUUUUAAGUAUGGGCACAAACGACUUUCUCCAAAACUACUACUUGGACCCAUUUCGCCCCAGCCAAUACACUCUCAACGAGUAUCAGAAUUUCCUCGUCUCUCGCAUGGCUGACAAUAUUAAGGAAAUGCAUAGGCUUGGCGCGCGAAGAUUAGUGGUGGUAGGAGUUCCACCCCUGGGGUGCAUGCCUCUGGUCAAAACGCUUCAGGACCAAACUACAUGUGUAGAAAGUUACAACAAAUUGUCUCUCUCAUUCAAUUCCAAGAUAAGUUUCAAGCUCAGCUCCAUUAAAUCUACUUUGCGGAUGAAGGUCGGCUUCGUCGAUGUGUACGGUAUUGUAGUUAAUGCCAUGAACAACCCACACAAAUAUGGUUUGACUGAAACUUCCAAAGGAUGUUGUGGGACUGGUACCAUAGAGUAUGGCGAUUCAUGCAGGGGCAUGGCCACAUGCAAUGAUCCGACAAAAUAUGUGUUCUGGGAUGCUGUUCAUCCAACGGAGAAAAUGUACAAAAUCAUAGCCGAAGAGGCCGUGGAAUCUGUCAACUCAAACCUCUUGAUUUAAGAAUAUAUUGUUGUUGUACUAGUUAGUUGUAAUUUGUGACAUCUUCAUCUUUUAUAAAAGCUGAA